CAUUUCUUUGAGCAACAUAUCAAUAUGUUUAUUCGUUUCACAGCCGCAUGGAUUCUAUAAUAGUUAAUCAACCAAUAGUUAUUGAUAAUGGGUCAGGAAUAAUUAAAGCUGGUUUUGCAGGAGAUCAAAUCCCAAAAUGCUAUUUUCCUAAUUAUGUUGGACGUCCUAAACAUGUAAGGGUUAUGGCAGGAGCUUUGGAGGGAGAUGUAUUUAUCGGGCCAAAAGCAGAAGAACAUAGAGGUCUAAUGAAUAUAAAAUAUCCAAUGGAGCAUGGCAUUGUUAAUGAUUGGAAUGAUAUGGAGAGAAUUUGGCAAUACAUAUUUUCUAAGGAACAAUUGCAAAUUACAUCUGAAGAACAUCCUAUUUUAUUAACAGAAGCUCCUCUUAAUCCUCAAAAAAAUAGAGAAAAGGCAGCAGAAAUAUUUUUUGAAACUUUUAACGUUCCAGCAUUAUUUAUAUCUAUACAAGCUGUACUUAGCUUAUAUUCUUCUGGAAGAACAACUGGUGUUGUUAUUGAUUCAGGAGAUGGAGUAACACACGUGGUCCCAAUAUAUGAGGGUUUUGCCAUGCCGCAUAGUAUAUUUAGGUCAGAAAUUGCAGGUCGUGAUAUCACGCGCUAUCUACGUCAGUUACUUAGAAAAGAAGGAUUAAAUUUUCACACCUCAUCUGAAAUGGAAGUUGUCAAAAAUAUAAAAGAAAAAAUCUGUUACCUUGCAUUAAGUCCCCAACAAGAAGAAAAAAUUAAUACUAUUAAAGCUCAAUAUUUGCUUCCAGACGGAAAUACAAUUGAGGUGGGUCCAUCUAGAUACAGAGCUCCCGAAUUACUUUUCAAACCCGAACUAUUAGGCGAAGAGUAUCCAGGGAUUCACGAACUUCUCAUAUAUUCCAUCCAGAAAUCCGAUUUAGAUUUACGCAAAUUGUUAUACCAAAACAUUGUUUUAUCCGGGGGUUCUACACUUUUUAAAGGUUUUGGUGAAAGGUUGUUCAAUGAAGUCAAAUCCAUGGCUCCUAAGGAUGUUAAAAUCAGGAUCUCAGCUCCUAAAGAACGCUUAUACUCAACUUGGAUAGGGGGAUCAAUAUUAGCAUCAUUAGACACAUUCAAAAAAAUAUGGAUAACCAAGCGAGAAUAUCUUGCAGAAGGGGAAAGAAUAUUGCACAAGAAAACAUUUUAAAAAAUGUAUUGAUGCUAGUUAUACAUUUUAUGUAAAUGUUAAAUUUUCAUUCGCUUAAAUUUCUAUAUUAAUGAAUAAUAAUAUAUUUAUUUGUAUCAAAAUAGUCUCCAUACAUAUUUUAUUACAAUUUAACA